CCUACAUGCGAGGGGAAGUGUGUUAUAAUGUGCGCAGGAAGACUUCCUAGGGUCCCAGAAUAUCAGGGCCGCAUGAAGACGAAGCGACGGCUGAAGCGAAGGCUGAGCCAUUAAAACAAAGCCGUGUUUACUUCACGAAGUCGUUCCAAACACCCCUUCCUUAAGGACAUCAUUUCAAACGAACACUUCACGCAUUCCUUUCCUCCAAAUAUCUCCCCUGUAAACUCGGUUCUUACACGAUGAUAAACCAAGUCGACAUCUUCAUCAAAUACGCCCUUCGUUCACUUGGUCUUCAACCCCAGCCAGGAAGUCCAAUUCCAUCCCCAUCCGACUCCCUCCAAACCCGACCCCUUCCAAAGCGUGGACCAGCCCAGCCAGCUAUCUCGGGCAAUUGCGAAGUUUAUGAGCGACAAGCGUCCUCGUUGUUAAUGUCCAGGCUUCCACUCGAGUUACGUAAUAUGAUAUGGGAGCGAGUCUUAGGAGGUAAUUAUAUUCACAUGUACUGGCGCGAUAGAGACACGCUUCUAGGAUUUAUCUGUGAAGAACAGAAGCAAUGUAUCAGUCUUGCCCAUAGCUCGGAGAGUAAUGUGCCUUGGGAUUCUGCGGUGACCAUUAAAGAUGAGGACAUCGAUCAGGGGAAAGGCUGGAUGGGGCUACUGUUGAGUUGUCGAGCUGUCUACUUCGAAGCCUCCAAAAUUCUCUACAGUACCAACACCUUCGACUUCACCGACCACUGGCUCAACCUUAACUAUCUCCCCUGGCUGCUCCCAAUCUCUGCACUCACUACCAUCACUCAAAUCACCAUGACUUGCCACGGCGUCCAACUCCCCUCUGCUUACCUCGACUUCCAACUCUGGAAAAGAACGUGGGAAACACUCUUUUUGUGUAAAGCGUUAAGGUAUUUGCAUGUUGAGUUGGUGCCGGUAGCUGCCCACACGACACUAGCUACGAAGACGUUGAUGGCAGCCGCUGAAGAUGAGUAUUUGGAGCCACUGCGGGCCGUGUGCGGGAUGGGAAUAAAGGUGUUUGAGCUUGUAUUGCCCUUUGAAGAGAAGGAAGAUGGGAGGGUGAGGGGGGAGUUGGUUGGAUGCAAGAUCAUUCGAGUAUGAAGCUCCUAAGGACGGAAAACCCUCACAUUGCAAAGCCAUGGGGAAGAGAUCCAUACCCGUAGCACGACUUCCGAAUCAAUACGCGACCAAUUCGUCAUAAUCAGAUGCGUAAUUUUAGUUCCCCUAAGAUUCCAGAGGAACUUACCAAAACACCCCACCAUGGCAUCAAGGGACUUCUGCCUGAGCUAACUACCCGGGAACUCCCGGCUUGUCUACUUGAAACCGCCUCACCACCCAAA